AUGACCCGCAGAAUUGUAGCCGCACAAACUGAGAGCGGCCACGAUAUCCAAGGGGAUCACUUCAUUCUGAGUGCUGGCGCUUGGUCGACAAGCCUAGCACCCAUGUACAACUCAACAAUAUCUACGGCACAAGUCUUAGCCUUCAUCAACCUGACAGAUGCUGAAAUGGAAGCCUACAAAGACCUGCCGUUAUACAUAGACUACGAUUCCGGCUGGUUUUGCUUUCCGCCCCACCCCGAAGCCCGGGUUCUGAAAAUCGCUGUACAUGGCUGGGGGUAUACUCGAACGACGCAGCGGAACGGUGUCUCCCUCCCUCCAACAACGACUCGAAGCAAGCGGACCAAUUUUGCGCCAGCAGACGGCGUCGAAAGGUUGCGUGCGGGCCUUGGAACUAUCCUUCCGUCCCUUGCAGAGCGAGAGUUUGAUCGUGUUGCCGUAUGCUGGUACAACGACACGCCCUCUGGUAACUUCAUCAUCGACUACCACCCUGACCACACGAAUCUGUUCCUGGCAACGGCUGGUAGUGGCCAUGCAUUCAAGUUCCUGCCAGUGCUGGGCAAGUACGUAGCGCAGGCAUUCGAGCGCACAUUGCCCUCAGGCUUGCAACAAAGAUGGCGAUUCAGGAUGGAAUACAAAGACCGCGAAGAUACAUUUCAUGGCGACGGAAGCCGUGGGGGACCAGCGCGGCGCGAGUUUACGCAGCAGGAGAAGGCACUGCUGUGA